AUGAACCCCUAUCUUCGGUCACCCGUAAAGUCCCCGGGCUUCGACCUGGUGAAUGAGAAUAAUGAAUCGGCAUAUCUUCAGAGGGGUGCGACCAUCCGCACAGUUGCUUCGUCAGACCCUAUAUCACCUAAGCGCCCGACCUUCUUUGGGGAAAGUAUGCGACACAGGGAUAGCGGCAGUCAUUUCAACGACGAUUAUAACAGCCCAGGAAAUGUGUACAGGAAGGAGACAAGAUAUGCAAGGGGGAACGGGAAUGUUGAUCACAGCCCCAGCACGAGGGAUGACUGGGAUAGGCCUCAAACCAGUCCUUAUUCCCCGAAUAAACAGAGCUUUUUGCAAGAUGACGAAGAAAAGGAAGUGCGGUGGCCGCCAUUGGCAACAAAGUCGAUUUUGUCAACUAGGCGGAGUGUUGGUAACGUCGCACUCGAGAGAGAGCGGCAGGCAUCAAUUGCAUCGAGCUUCGAUAAGCCUAGACAAGGGUCCAUGGUGGCCAAAGAACAGCCCAUAGCUACAAUGCAAGAAAUCGAGGCCCAUCAUGCAAAGCUUGAAAAGCAACAGAAAGAAGCGCGUGCAGGGAAGGCGCUUGAAGUCGAUACAGAAAACCUGGAAAAUGGGGGGAGCAGGGAAGCUGAAACAUCAUGGCUCAGUACCCUCACACCCGCUGCCAUAGGGACGCCGACAGUCAUGCUGCAGAGAGACGGUCCGGGUGAAAAGGCCGAACCUUUGCGAGGAGAUGACCCAGACGGGGAAGAACCGUCAGAGGAGGAACGUGAGACGGCUAGGAGGGUGUUCAAAGGUGAUGAGGAAGUAAUUACUAAGGCAAGGGCCACGAGCUGGCUGGGUGAAGCUGGAGCGACUGGGGCGAGGGUCCGUAAAGCUUAUAUGGAGCUGUUCGAUUGGUCAGGGGUUAAUAUAUUGUCGACUUUGCGAAUUUUCUGUGGGCGCCUUGUUUUUAAAGGCGAGACACAACAAGUUGACAGGAUAAUGGAUGCAAUCGCGAAGCGGUGGUGUGAAUGCAAUCCUCGUCAUGGGUUCAAGCUGAUAGAUGUUGUUUUCACGAUUCUUUAUUCAUUGCUUUUACUCAACACAGAUCUACAUAUGGCCGAUAUCCCCCAGUCCCAGAAGAUGACCAAGGGCCAAUUCAUCAAAAACACCAUGAGCAGUAUCCGGAGGAUUGUUACUGAGGCUCCAGUGGAAUCGAAACCCGUUCAUCACAAUACAUUCCCUCCAAGGUCGCAGACACCAUUUCGCCCAAAUGAUGACGAUGACAACCCCGGAAUGAGCGCAACGCCUUCCGCGACAUUCCCUUUGGCCGUCCGAGAGAGGAAAAUGAGCGAAUCUCGCACCUCUUUAGACUUUAAGAUGGGUUAUGAUAUGGAUGGUGGGCUUGCUUUAGUCAAGGCUCCACUUGGUGGUGGUGGUGGUGGAAUCCGAGCCUGGGAGACCCAGAUUGAAACCGUGCUGAAAGACUUUUACUCGUCCGUCAAGGCGUCUGCACUCCCCCUUCAUGGCGCAGCCCAGGAAAGGGUUGUUGAAACACCUCAUCAUAGCUCACUUGCGCGGACCUUUCAGUCUCUCGCUCACAAGGCGAGAUGCACUACUCGCAAUAAUCGCGACAGCAAACUAGGCGCGAAGUGGACAGCUAAGAAUCGGUCUCGGCCCAGGCUUUACAAUGGCUCAUAUGCAGGCUCUAGUCGGACUAGUCUCGAGGAUCGAUCGAUGUGGAGCCCCUCCGCCUCCAGCACAUGGAGCAAAUACUCUCUUGACAAGACCCAGACUUCCAUGUCUGUUGAUUCACUGGGUUCAGCAUUUACGCAUGCUGACUAUGCACAAUCUAUUGGGUUCGCUAACGCUUUGAGUCAUGCUAUCAUCCGGGAGGAGGCAGCAAGUGGGACUUCUGUCGAUGACAGAGAGGCUACCUUGCUCGACUGUGAUGAAUUGGAACUUGCUGGAGCACCUUGGGCAAAAGAAGGAAUGCUGAAGCACAAACAUCAUCUUGAAAGCAUGGACAAAAAGGCCAAGAAUAGGGGCUGGACCGAAUGCUUCGCAGUUAUUGAGAGGGGAUGGAUGAGGCUUUUCCAGUUCAACCAGUCAGGGAAGAAUAAGGAUGCUGUGGUUGGAGUCGUUGGAGGCGGUAAUUGGACCGAGAACGCAGAUGCCAUCGGUUCUUUUCUUUUACGGCAGACCAUCGCAUUAGCACUUCCACCACCUGGCUAUUCGAAGGCAAGGCCUAACGUCUGGGCCUUAUCACUCCCCUCUGGUGCUGUUCAUUUCUUCGAGGUUGGCACGGCAGAGAUUGUCAAGGAAUUCGUUUCUACGGCCAACUAUUGGGCAGCCAGACUUUCGAAGGAGCCUUUGAUUGGUGGUGUUAGUAACGUGGAAUAUGGCUGGAGCGACAACGUUCUUGGCGAGAUAGGCCCUGGCUUAACUUCAAGUGUCUCCAACACUAAUGACUCAAGGCCCAGCCUCCAAAUUUCUAUUAGAAGCAGUCUUGACCACGGGACUGUGGUCAGGCCAAGAUUGCCGGGUGACCGGGUGAACAUCACGGAUUGGGCACCGCCAAGUCAAAGCAUGGUCGCCAGCUCAUUAGGCGAGGCUGAUCAGCUAAGAGCUUUGGAAACAUAUGUUACCAACAUUGAGGUGGAACUUGCUAGACACAACGACCUGAGGCCUACUAUGGUCCUAACGUUCUCCCCACGCCACCCAAAUUCUUCAAAGGCGAUGAACAAUUGGGAAAAGAAGUCCAGCUAUCUGCUGAGGGAAAUCAUCAAGUUUAGGACGUACAUCGAGUGCUUGUCGUCCGCCGCCCAACUGCGAGAGAAGCUUCAAGCAGGCGAAAAUGGAGCAGUGUCUGGUAACAAUAAUGAGAGCAGGAGCCCCGUGUCUACAUAGACGGCACGAGCUUGGAGGUUUGAGCUUAAGCUUUUCUCUCUCCCUUUCCUUUUAAUACAUAUUUCUACCUGUAAUCCCAUUUCCUUGGAUUUGUUUGUGUUGUU